AUGGCUACGCUCGUGGCGUUGCAGGUCGUCCCACGCGCUAAGCCUUAUGAAGCGAACAGUCCCGACCAUUUUAAGUACGAUAACGAUAUGAAAGUAUUGCAGACUGAGAAGGGAUCCAUCAGUUACGGGAAUCUCGAAGUAAGAACACCGCCUACCGUUACACUGCCAGAAUUCUCAUUGUUCGACUCAUACCCGUACCUUUGGGCCGCCUCCACAGAGUCCUUGUCGAUCGUGACCCCGUCGGAGACUUUAACGGCGGUUCACGAGGUCGACGGUAAAGAAGUCAUCCCAUCGUCCGAGGUCGAGCAGCAGACGGUCCAGGAGAACAGCGAGGAGGAUAUCUAUGACGUAGUCGAGAUUGACGACGACCGAGGCAGGCCAAGUCGUAUCUAUUUCGGAUUCCACCGGGCUACCGGACGAUUCUCAAUCUGA